AUGGACCUUGAAGAGCCUCAUUUCCCAUACUACCCAGCGCCAGCAAUGGUAGACAUUCUAAGCGUGGAAGCCGACCCUGAUUUUGAAGUAACAUCAUUGAUACCUAUAAAGAGCCAACCACAGCCUGGUUGGGGAGUUUGGCCGGAUGCCUUCAACGACGAUCUUCGCACCUCCACUCGCAAGGCUAAACCAGCUUCACCAAAAGUUCUAAAACCAAGGAAGACACGAAAGAUAAGUGUCACGCACCGUAAGCAGAGAUGCAUAAGCAACUACUUCCAGGCUGCAGCUUCUUCCCGAACCUCAAACAACAAAAUUCUGGAGCUUUUGUCUGGAAUUUGUGAACAAAUAUCCAACAUUCAAAACAAGCAGAGGCUGAUCCACAAAUUUGUUGAACAGAAAACAAAAAUCAACCAAGCAGACAAAGCAUGUCAGACUGAGUCACCAAACCUACCUACGGCUAUGGAUGAAGAUCACACUUUCACUCAAUCUCCUGUUAUCAGCCAAUACAAGGCACAAAUGUUACGAAAGGAAGCAACUCCUGAACCCGUCCACACUUCUCCUAACCAGACUUCUCCUAUCCACACUUCUCCUAACCAGACUUCUCCUAUCCACACUUCCCCUACCCAAACAUCUCCUAUCCACACAUCACUUAUCUCCACCUCUCCUAUCAAAACCUCCACCCCUGUCCAUAACGCCCACUUCUCCAUAACACCCCCGAACACUUCUCCCAACCACACAUUUGCCAACCCUUUCAACGACACACCCAUCCAAGAAAGAACCCCCACUCAGCCAACUCAACCUUCUCAAUAUCGGAAUGGUGUCAUAUACGAUGCUAGUGAGCACCCUGAUAGCCCUGAAAUCAACCAUAUCCUAUACCACGGUAAACUAAUCUUCGACCCCAUAAGUCCAGACCCCCCCUCUCUCAUUCAACCUAAAUACGACUCCUCAAUCAAUCCAUCUACGCAAAGACGUAUUUUUCCACUCUCACCCUUCCCUUUGACCCCCUCUACUUCUCCCAAUAAGAGUUCAGACAUUCUCCAAGGUUUCGUAGGCCAUGCGUCAGGUAUCAACGCAUUCUCAGCCACCGCUACAUCCACCCAUGACUCUGUUGUGGAAUACAAUGUACCCAAGCCUCAGGUGCGAAACUUAAUGCUCCUCUGCAUUUUUUAA